AUGACCCACUGUAGUGACAAUGAUGAGCAGAGCGAUGACGGAGAAGAAAAACACAACAAGGGCCAGAAGAAGAGAAGUAAAGGAGAAAAGCACGUGUCUUUCCCCCCUGAUGGACAGAUAGUGUCCGGCUUCGCUGAGCACAGGGACACAGACAGAACGGUUGACAGCUGCCUCACCUUGACGGAGGUAAUGGUGGCGUACCAGCAGAGCUGCAGCAGACACCAGGUCCAGCCCAGAGCUCACAUCCUGCAGCAGCUCCAGCAGGGUGUGUGUGUAGGUGGCGGUGUGAAAUGUCUGGAUCUCCAAGGUGAGCGAUUAGACCAGCGCUCCUGUGAAGCUCUGGAAGUCGUUCUGAAAUCGCUGCACUUUGAUUUCAUCAAUCUGCAGGCAGCCCAACUGGAAGAAAAUGGAGCAUCGUCCUUGCUGGAUAUGAUUUUGUACUAUGAAUCUACAACCCAUCUUGACAUGUCUGACAACAGCAGUAUGGGAACAUUGUGUUGGAGGGCCCUCGCUCAUUUGAUAAAGCAGAGUGUGCGUCUGUCCAGACUGGACGUGUGUAACGUUCCCAUGGUUGACUACCCGGCCCGGUCUCUAUCCAAAGCUCUGCUGACCAGCCGGCUCACAGUGCUGCACCUUCACAACGCCCAGCUCAGCGGCAUGCCGCUAUACACACUGGUUGGUGCCCUGAAGUCAAACAAGGCUUUGAAAGAGCUCCACCUCACCAACAACCUGCUGAACAGCUACCAGGAUGCCCUGCAUUUAGGAGACCUGCUGCGCUACAACACCACUUUACAGACAAUGGAGCUCAGCAGCAAUGUUGUAGCAGAUGCUGGUUUGGAGGAGCUGUGUGAUGGUCUGAGGGGGCAGACGGCAGGUGUGAGGGUCUUACUGCUGAGGAACAACCAGAUCACUGCAGAUGGAAUGGUCCAUCUGGCCAAGGCUCUGCCCGUGCUGAGGGUCCUGCAGGUCCUGGAUUUGAGUGAGAACCUCCUGGGGAACGAGAGCAUGCAGGUGAUCAGGCAGCCUCUGAUGGUGAACUGCUCGCUGCUGCAGCUCGGCCUGGCACAGGCCAACAUCACGUGUGAAGGUGCUGUGGCGUUGGCAGAGUUCCUUGCAGAGAGUCGUCAGAUUCAGCAGCUGGACCUCCGUCAGAAUGAAGUAAAGGUUGGAGGCCUGAUGGCCUUGUGUCUGGCCCUGAGAAUCAACCGGUCUCUCGGUAGCCUGGAUUUGGACCACAUACCUCCACAGGAGCAGGACGAGUUUCUGAUGGAGACUCAGAGAUCUCUCCAGUCAGAGAUCACCCAGCGCUGCCUGUCCAACACCAGCCGCUCCCUCCUCUCCUCGGACCUCUCUGAGACUUUACCAGCUGACGGCGUGACUACGACCUGA